AUGGGCUCGCUAGCACCAGCUUCAUGGGAGGCGAAGGCUGAGAAGUGCAGGAAGAUUCUCAAAGACUCACUUAAUCCUAAUUGGCUUCUCUCUUCAGACGAGCUGCCCCCACCAAACCAACUGAAUGUCGCCAGCUUCAUCGACACUUGCAAGCUGCUAACGCCGCGAGAGCAAGAGAUCACAGCAUGCAGUGGCAAAGACCUCGUUAGCCAGAUGGCUGAAGGGAAGUUCACUGCUGUGGAGACUGUAACAGCUUUCCUCAAGCGUGCUCAUGUAGGCCAUCAGCUUGUCAACUUUGCGACCGAGUUUCUGGUAGAUGACGCUCUGGCGGCCGCUGAAAAGCUGGACAAACAUUUUAAAGAGACGGGAAGGGUCGUGGGUCCGUUGCACGGGUUGCCUAUAUCCAUCAAGGAACAUAUUGGACUCAAGGGUCGCAUAUGUCACUCAGCUUACGUGGCUUGGACAGACAACGUUGCUCAGGAGGAUGCUUUAGUGCUUCGUCUGGCUGCAAAAACCGGGGCUGUGUUCCACGUUCGUACGAACGUACCACAGAGUUGCAUGCAUCUCGACUGCAGUAACCCCAUCUAUGGAACGACGGUUAACCCUUACAACCGAAACCUCACUUCAGGUGGCUCUAGUGGUGGCGAGGGCUCUUGUGUUGGACUUCGAUGUUCAGUGUUGGGUCUUGGCACCGAUAUUGGAGGGUCUGUUCGUGCACCAGCCGCCUUUUGCGGCUCUUAUGGUCUUCGUACGACCGCUUUGCGAAACCCUUAUAAGGGUAUAUGUCUGCCAGGACUUGGACAAGAGAGUAUUCGCUGUAUCCUUGGUCCCUUGGCCAACAGUGUUGCAGACAUUCAGCUUUUUGAAGAUGCUGUUUUGAACCAAGAGCCGUGGGACGAGGAAACCUCACUAGUUCCUCUGCUUUGGAAAAAGAUUGAACCGUAUAAACCAGGACAGUUUACUGUUGGUGUUAUCUGGGAUGAUGGUAUGGUCCAUCCUCACCCACCAGUUACCCGUGCUCUUGAAUACGCAGCAAAGAAGUUGAAGGAAGCCGGCAUCAAGGUCGUUGAAUUUGAGCCAUACAAGCACAGUGAAGGGGCCGAAAUCAUUGAGCUUCUUUACUUUCCUGACGCUGCUGCCACACAGAAAGAAGUCCUAGCACAAGGCGGCGAGCCGGUUGCGCCCCUCACGGAUUGGGCAUUUAACUAUUCGAACCCGGAGCCGCUCUCGAUUCGUGAAAACUGGGAGUUGAACCUUCGACGAGAAGCUUUCCGCGAAGAUUACCAUCGUGUAAUGAAGGAACGUGGUGUAGACUUUAUUCUCUGCCCAGCUUACGUUGGAGCUGCAGCUAAGUGUGGUACUGCUCAGUAUUGGCACUAUACGACGAUUUGGAAUAUUUUGGAUCAACCUAGCAUCACGUUUCCGACCGGUCUACACGUUGAUUCUUCAGUUGAUGUUGCAGACAAGGAAUAUAAACCGCGCUCGGCUACAGACGAAAGAGAAUAUAAGAAGUAUAUCCCAGAAGAUUUUGUGGAUGCACCUAUUGCAUUGCAACUUGCUGGAAAGCACUUUCGUGAUGAAGAGACUGUGGCCGCGGUAGAUUUAAUUGCAAGGAUUGUUCGGGGAUAG